UGUUCACUCUCGUUACGGUGUAUUAAGACGGGUCGUCUCUAUUGAUCUUUAAAAUUCUGACAUUUUUGGUGGUGCAUGAAUUGAUCCGGAGACCAUGACUAGCCCGCUUAUCAACGGCUGCGUGGAAGUAUUGGCAGACAUGUGUCAUCUCUGUCAGGAAGACAUAUUCCGCCCACGAGCUCUUCCGUGUUCCCACAGAUUUUGUCUGGAAUGCCUCGACUCCUACAUCUUUCGGAAAACCUCUGACACAUCUGUCGCCUUUACAUGUCCAGAGUGCGAUCGAGUUACAAGGCCAGUUCGUCCAGAUUCUGAACGCGGCUACUGGGCCGAGGAAUUCCCAGAAACAAAUGUCCAAAAGGACAGGGGUCUUGAUUCAGAAAUCCCCAUGUGUCUGCCGUGUAAGAAUAAAGGUUAUGAUGUUACAGCAUCGGACUGGUGUCGGAACUGUAAGGUUUUGUUCUGCGCCUACUGCAGAAAGUUUCACGACUCCAUACACAGGCGUCACGUGGUGUUUGAUGUGCGAGAAUACCAGCGUAGACAGGCUUUCUUCAGAGGCAGAUCAUUUAUAUCCAAGAAAAAGGAAACUAAAAACUUUGUUUGCAACUUUCGAUUCGUUCGUUCAUGUAGCUUGACCCGAUUAUUUCCAACAGCUUCCAUUGUUGGGAAAGGUGUGAGGUUUGAGUCUGUUGAUCGUUAACGCUACCAUACUGCGAAAAUUUCCAUUAAACAUGACUUGAUCCUCCGUAACUCAAAUGAUAAACAAAGAUUAAGAGCAAAGGGACCUGUUUAGUGUCAGUUAAUGAUACAAAGUUUUAGCGCGCAAUAAUCUAAAACUGAAAAUGUUGAUUUGUUCUAUGGUGAGGUCGUUAGAUAAUAAUUCUGACCUCAGAUGCACGGCUAAAGAAAGCUUACCCGAACGUCAGUACAGAGUGAGGAAGCUUUAUUCAGUACUCAUAUUUAUUUCAUCUAAAUUUGUUAUAGGGCCGAGUCCAGUCGACGGAGUAUUGGAUUUGGCAAUGUCAUGUGAAGAUCCGCGUUAUGUGGUUCGAUAUUUCCUCGGGAAGGUCUGUAUCUCGGGUGCAGAUCCGCGUUAUGUGGUUCGGUAUUUCCUCGGGAAGGUCUGGA